AUGUACAAUAUCGAUGCAGAUACAUUGUCAAGACUACCUUCAGACUUUGUGAAAUAUAUGACAGAAUACGAUAAUACAGUGACAUCCGAAGAAUUUCAGGCAUCAGUUACUUCUACAGGUAUUCUGGCAAGAGAGAGAGGAGAUGCUACAUGGAUUACGGCAAUAACCACAAACCCUGAUGUCUUGGAUCUUGAAUUAGAACACUUGUCAUUUGGAAAGAAAAUCCCAGCGUCCGAUCUAUCUAUAAAAGGACCCUAUUAUAACCCGGGUAUUAGAAUAUCGUCUGAACGCAAGUCAAUGAGAAGCCAACGACAACACGAGUCAAGAGGAGUGUAACGGUACCUAUAUGAGUGGGGAAAGCUUCGCGUCAAUAAAGAGACGGGGUACUGUAUCGGAACCAACAAAUAGUUCUACCAUCUAUUUACAAAAGAAAAAUAUAUCGUGGCGAGGAAAUGGGCCAUUUAGGAGUGUUUUACGUGUUUACGCAUUGGCUCGCGAUAGAUUAUAUAUUGGCCGCAGAUGAGGAAGGAUAUCGAACACUUCAUACAUCACAGAAUGUUUGAAACAGAAAAAGGCCAGUCGUCCCACCAGAGAGUCAUUACAGCCCAUCAUAACAACAAUACCAUUCGAACUGGUGUCCAUCGAUUACGUACACCUAUAGAAUGUAUGUAGUUCAGCUGGCCACGAGUAUAUACUAGUAAUCGUCGCGGUCAUUUCACACGGUUUUGUCAAGCUAACUCGACUGGAACAAAUCCAGCAAAACGGCAGCAGAGAAAAUAUAUAACGACCUCAUCCCGCGAUUGGGAUUCCCAGGUAAAAUACACCAUGAUAUGGGAGCUGAAUUUGAAAACAAACUGUUCAGUUAUGAAGCUCGAAGAACUCUCUGGUGUCAAGCACUCACGGACAACUCCGUACCACCCUCAGGGUAAUGGGAAAGUGUAACGAAUGAAUAGUACACUAUUGCAAAUGUUGCGCACUCUUCCUGAAAUACAUAAAAGACAGUGGCAUGUUCACGUGAACAAGAUGGUACACGCAUACAACUGAACAAAUCACGAGUCCACAGGCUACUCGCCAUUUUCUUGUUAUUCGGCUGUUCUCCGCGCUUGUCGGUUGACCUGAUAUUUGAUUUGCCAGAAACGAAAGGGGCUGAUACCUACCCAAAGUAUGUUGAGAACUGGAUGGAAGCAAUGCAACAAGCAUAUAAGCUGGCGUCCAAGUUGGCUUUCAAUAACGCAAACAAGGGAAAGAAACUGUACGAAAGAAAGGAUCAUUCGUCAGUGUUACACCCUGGGGAUAGGGUCCUCGUACUACCUCCUCCGCAGGCCUUUCAAAAAUAUAAAAUUGGUGGGAAACGAACAGCAGCUUCGUCUCAGAUUUCAAAUUUUAACCUGCGAACGGGCAUACUCAUUACGGGCUGUAUGGCCUGCAUGAGGAGGUAGGUCCUCGUACAUAACCUUACUCCACGGGGGGUACUGGAAUGCUACGUUCCCACUGGGAACAGGACGUGUAUGUGGUGGUUCGCCGAAAGGAUCUAGAGAGUCCAGUAUACGAUGUUAAGCCGGAGAAUUGGAAGGGGCGAGAUAGGACGUUACAUCGCAAUUUAUUUUUGCAAUGUGAUCACCUACCAUAUGAUUUUAAAGUUCCAGGACGUGCUUCAAGUAUGGAAAAGCCCACUCGUGAAUGAAAAUCAGGCGUUCAGGAAGAGGAUCGUGUACAACAUCAGCAACUCGACGCAUCAGACGAGGAAGAACGUCCAUUAUAUACACCGGGCCAAUUACGAAUGGUGAUAGAGACGCUACGCGCGAGAGUUAGGUGAUGCAGGACAACUGGAAGACGAGGUCGAGCGAGAGACGGACAAGAAGCAGACUGGGAAGUCUUCGGAGUGGAACAAGAUGUACCGCCAGUGCAUGACCCACAUCGAGGACAAGAACCGGAUCACGACAGCCCAGACUCAGCACAAGAUGCAACCACCGAACCAUGGAACAAGAUCAACCUGGACACCGACCACAAUGAAAGAGGCGGGAACCGAUUCGUUUGCCAUAUGA